UCCUCUGUGCAACUGCGUUCAGAAAUGUCACUACUGGCCCUUUAAAAAUCACAUUUCCGGAAUACGGAUAGCCAAUCAAAGCGCCUAAUUUUCUGACGGUUGCUCGGUUAGCUCUCUCUGGCUGUUGUUGUUUCGGCGGCUACAUCAAUUUAGGAACCAACAUAAACCAUGGCAGAAGAUCACACGGGCAUGGAUCAGAGCAUGGAGAGUCAUACAGCUAAGAUCGAGGAUACCGAAAGGUCCAACACAGAGAAGAUAUCUAAACAGAAAGUGGAUCUUCAGUCUCUCCCAACACGGGCAUAUCUGGACCAGACUGUGGUGCCAGUCCUUCUACAGGGACUCUCUGUGCUAGCCAAAGAACGGCCUCAUAAUCCCAUUGAAUUUCUAGCUGCACAUCUCCUCCAGAACAAGUCUCAAUAUGAAGACCGCAUCUAACACCUCUGAAGAAACUACACUGGUCGACUUAUCAUCAGAGACAAGCUGUGUGUUUAAUUUUGCAUCUGAGUUUCUAUACUGUAUGUACCGGCUGGAGUAUACUGAUUUCUUAUUAUUUUCUAUCGUACAUGUUUGUUGAACAAACACAGUUUUUUUUGUUUGUUUCUGUAAUUGACUGUACAUGUUAAGAGUGUGUUACGUCCCCACGUAUACCCAUUAAACAUCCAUGACUGAUA